CAACCUAGUACAACUUCCACAAUGUCGCAUGAUACUGUCCUCCACGAUAUUGACCAUUCAAAACCAGCGUCAGAGGAUCCCUCACGAUUAAGGACCUUUUUUUCCAUCCUGCGGAGGUUCAUUGGGGUGACGGACAUCGCGACUGCUCGUUUCUCACUGCCAGCCCAACUUCUCGAGCCAACGCCAAAUUUAGAAUACUGGAAUUAUCUUGAUCGACCCGAGAAUUUUAUUAGUAUUGGGAAGUCUGAUGAUGAACUGGGUCGUAUGCUAGAAGUCUUAAGAUUUUGGUUUACAAAAGAUGUGAGAUACGUGCAAAGCAAACCUUGCAAACCGUACAACUCCGUCCUAGGCGAAUUUUUCAGGUGUUAUUGGGAAACAGAAGACUAUCAGUCCCCUGUCCUCCCAAAUUCUGCUGAGGAUAUCACAGCAGGAGUUCAGGCUGCUGGAAACGGGGAAAAGGUGAAAAUAUCAUACCUCACGGAACAGACAUCCCACCACCCCCCAGUUUCGGCGUUUUACGCCGACUGUCCGCAACGCGGUAUUAUAGCUCGUGGUUUCGAUCAGAUCACUGCAAAGUUCAGCGGUACAAGCAUUCGAAUUGCCCCUGGCAAGCACAAUUUGGGUAUCUUCCUGAAUCUGCAAAAGCGGGAUAAUGAAGAAUAUCGCCUAACUCACCCUGCGGCUCACAUCGGUGGAUGGCUCAGAGGAUCAUUGUCUAUAUCUGUUUCAGAUACAUGCUACAUUACCUGCCCCAAAACUAGGAUAAAGACAAUUCUACAGUACCUCGAAGAUGGCUGGCUUGGUAGAUCGCACUAUAGAGUGGUCGGUGUUAUCUUCCGUUACGAUCCUGAGAACGACGACAAGAGAAAGAUAAAAGAAGUCCCUGAAAGUGACGUCCUUGCAACAAUUGAUGGGAGUUGGCAUGAGCAAGUCUACUACACAUUAGCUGGCUCCGUUGAACGCCAUCUCCUUAUUGAUAUAGCUCCUCUUUUCCCUUCUUCCAAAGUUGUUCCGCCAGAAGAAAAGCAGUUGUCCAACGAAUCACGGCGAUGCUGGUCGGGAGUUACUGCAGCCAUCCAUUCUAGGCAGUAUACUCUGGCGACUCAGAAAAAGCAUGAGCUAGAGGAACGCCAAAGAGUGAAGGCAGCUAUCAGAAUGGAGAGGAACCAUGAAUGGAAGCCGCGCUUUUUCAUGUUUCCCGUUGACUCUUCUGGAAGACCUGAGUUGACAGCUGAUGGUCGAAAGGUCCUGGAAAGGCUCCAGCAAGGAGACUACACGCUCGAGGAGAAAGAAGUCGUUUAAUAUGUUAAGUAUUGACUAAUAACCGGUUUGGAGUUAGAUGGGUCUGAAUCCUGUUGGAUAUUGGGUAUGAGUGGAUUCGUCUGUCGACUAAGUUCCAGCAGGGAUAUUAUUUUUUUUUGGAUUUCCUUUUGUACUCUGGCCCUCACAGUUUUCAGUCUUGACAGCACUCGUCUUCCACUCGAGGUACUGUUUCCGCUUCCCAAUUUUUCGAGAUACCCACUCUCUGAUCUGGCUCUUGACAUCCUUCAAAUAUCUACUGGAUGUCGCAAGAGAUGCCUUUCAUUCUGAUUUGAUUCACCAGGUUGUCUCUUUGAGCCUUUCAUUCCACCUUGACAUAAUUAAUUCCCUGUGUCCAUCGGGCUUGCGUCUGAUAUGAUAUAGCAGACAUCAUAUAGAGAUAGAUAAUUCCUCCUUAAUAAGAUCCGAAACAUUGCCACGGCAGUUAAUAUCCAGG